UAGUGGGUGAUUAUGUAUUUGCAUCUGUCUUUGCGAACCCAAAAAACACAAUUUCAACAACACUCGAACGAUGAUUCGUGAAGCUUCAACAAAGAAUGGUAGCAGAGGAAACAUCAAGACAUGGGUCUAGUGCGGGGCAUUGAAUGUCUCUCUAAAAAUCAACAUUCCGGCACAGAAAGGAAACCGCAGCAAUGAAAGCGUGGGGGACCUAACGGGUAGCUCGUGGGUGGGAUGGGGUGGGCCGUUGAUAGCCACCCCAGUUGGAGUUGACGUCGUUCAAACCUGGAAAACAUGAUUUCCUCACUUGCAGAACGAAGCAUCAACACAUACAUUCAACACUGGCGUCGAAGCUUCCAAAGUUGAUGAACCUUUCGCUUUGUAACCAGCUCGUCAUCAUGGCUGCCCAGCAACAAAAGAGAAACAUUGUCAUUGUCGGUGGCGGCAUCAUCGGUUGCACAACCGCCUACUUCCUCACCCGCCAUCCCAAGUUCGACCCGGCCCAGCACACCAUCACUCUUCUCGAGGCCAGCUCCAUCGCCGCGGGCGCGUCUGGAAAAGCCGGCGGUCUCCUCGCCCUUUGGGCUUAUCCCGAAUGUCUCGUUCCCCUCUCCUACCGCCUGCACCGGGAACUCGCCGAUGAGCACAACGGUGCCGAGCGCUGGGGUUACCGGCAGGUCGGCUGCGGAACCAUCGGUGCGGUCGUCAAGAAUGCCGACCUUAAGGCUCGCGGCCAGGGAACAUCAGCCUCGACGACAUCCGACUUGAAGGAGCCUAACGGUACCACAGCAGCAGCCCCCAACGCCCACCUCCCCAUCCAGGCCGAAGAUGAAAGAACCUCUAAAGAUUGGGAAAAACUCCCCAAGCAAGACGUAGCCGCGACCUCCCUCCUCUCCAAAUCCGUCCUGCCCCCGGAUCUCGACUGGGUUGACGCCUCGCUCGUGCGCUCAUGGGAUGUCAUGGGCCGACGCGGGGAGACCGAGACCGCGCAAGCACACCCCUUCCACUUUACCAACGCCAUGGCGGAUCUAGCCGCCGCCAAGGGCGUGGACAUUCGGUUGGGCGCCAAGGUGACCAACAUCACUUCUUCUUCUUCUUCAGCCCCUAACGGCAGGGUAGACACAGUCGAGUACCAGGACCGCAACAACAACGACGAAAUCAAAUCCAUUACGGGAGUAACAGACGUGAUCCUGACCGCCGGCCCUUGGACGGGUAAAAUCUUGCCUCGGUCCAAGAUCGAAGGGUUGCGCGCCCACAGCGUGGUGUACGAGGCGGAAGUGAGUCCGUACGCGGUGUUUACGGAUAUUGAGCUGCCGAGCGACUGGACGCCGGAGCAUCGGCGGGCAAAGGGGCAAAAGAGGAAGCAUAGGGGACAUGUGGAUCCGGAGAUUUAUGCGAGGCCAUUUGGGGAGGUUUACGCUUGUGGCGAACCAGACAAAACCAUUCCUCUCCCCGAAACAGCAGACCAAGUUCGAUGCGACGAAGACCAAUGCAACGACCUGAUCUCCUACAUCGCUACCGUCAGCCCGAUUCUUGCGUCUGCCCCCGUCAAGGCCAAGCAGGCUUGCUACCUUCCUCAGCAUGUCCGGUUCGGAGAGGAGAGGGGUCCGCUUAUAGGCCAAACUUCUACGCCUGGCUUGUGGAUUGCGGCCGGACAUACGUGCUGGGGGAUCCAGAACGGACCAGCCACCGGCUUGUUGAUGUCUGAACUGAUUUUCGAUGGACAGACCAAGAGUGCGGACAUUGACAAGCUGGAUCCCAAGAAGUUCAAGGUUUAA